AUGAUAUGGUUGAAUGCGUUAAUUUAUUUUUGCAUUUUAUUAUGGAAUUGCCAAUCUCAAGUGCCAUUGGUAUUAACAACGUGGGGAACGGAUGAUUUUCAAGCUGCUACCACAAAAGCAUUCUUGACGCUAACGAAGACGUAUGAUAGGAUAGAAUCAUUACUGGAUGGUUUAACGGAGUGUGAACAAUUACAGUGUGAUGGAACUGUUGGAUUCGGUGGUUCACCGGAUGAAACGGGUGAAACUCGACUUGAUGCACUCAUUUAUGAUGGCUUGAAUCAUGAAAUGGGCGCUGUUGGUUCACUACCAAAUGUGAAGAAUGCAGCGCGUGUAGCAUAUGCAGUAAUGAAAUAUACGAAGCAUUCAAUAUUGGUCGGUGACUAUGCAGCCAAUUUUGCUGUUGAAAUGGGCUUUAAACGCGAAUCAUUAUACACCAAUAGCUCAUAUGCUGCACAUCAGAAAUGGAUUAAACAAAACUGUCAGCCAAACUAUAGAAAAAAUGUAUUACCGGAUCCGAACAAAUUUUGUGGUCCAUACAAACCUGCAAAUGAUGAAGAUAGAUUCAUGUUCAGCCAUUCACAGGGUAGUCGCCGUAAUCAUGAUACAAUUGGUAUGGUUGUUAUUGAUUAUGAAGGUAAUAUUGCCGUUGGUACAUCAAGCAAUGGUGCUAAUCAUAAAGUUCCCGGACGGAUUGGUGAUUCACCCAUACCAGGUGCUGGUGCGUAUGCCGACAAUGAUAUCGGUGGCGCGGUAAGUACCGGUGAUGGUGACAUCAUGAUGAGAUUUGCUUCCAGCUAUCAAACAGUUCACUAUAUACGUGAAGGUAAAACGCCGGCAAAGGCUGCCGAAAUAACAAUCCGUACCAUUUCUCGCAAAUAUCCUAAUUUUAUGGGCGCAAUUGUUGCAGUCGAUAAAAAGGGUCACUUUGGUGCUGCAUGUCAUGGCAUGAAUUUCUUUAAAUUUUGUAUGCAAAAUCAAUAUUUUACAAAAGUUAGAAUUAUAUCUGUGACAUGUAUGUAA